AUGACAACCCUCAACACCCCCAACUUUGCCGCCCCCUCCUCCCAUGGCCGCCCCUCCUCACCCCCUCAAUCCCAAACCUCCUCACCCAUCUCCCCAAAGUCCACAAACCACGCCUUCCCCUCCAUCUCCACCAACCUAUCCAACCUAUCCAACAACCCCCCUCCUCCCCGCCUCACCACCACCUCUUCCCAACCGUCCCCCUCUUCUAAACAAGACGACGACGAUAUCUCCGACGACGACGUAUCCAACCUCCCCUUCCCCACCGCCCUCCCCCGCCCCUCCUUCCUAACCCCUCACUUCUCCCCCCUCGCCUACCUCGACUCUCUCUACGCUUCUUCCUCUUCUCCCGAUCCAACCAACGCCACCGUCACCACUAUCACACCCUUCAGCCAAAGACACCAAACCCUCCCUGACCUGCGUUCGGAACUGCAUACUCGCAGCCUGGCAAUCAGUUCCGAACUGCUGGAACUCGUCAACGCGAACUACACCUCCUUUUUGAGUCUAGGGGAUGAACUGAAAGGGGGAGAAGAGCGGGUGGAGGAUGUGCGGGUUGCUGUGCUGGGGUUCAGGAGGGCAGUGGAGGAGGUUCGGACCAAAGUUAGAGAAAAGAGGGGGGAGAUUGGAGAGCUGGUCAAGGAGUUGGGAUACGUGCGGGGCGGAGUUGAGUGGGGGAGGGGAGUGUUGGAAUUGGGGGAACGGGUGGAGGGGUUGGAGGUGAAAUUGAAUAUGGGGAGUUUGGGGAGUACGGGGGGAAGUGGCGGGGCGGGAACAGGAGCGGGAGCGGGAGUGGAAGCGUGGGUGAAAAAGGGGACGAUUAAUGCAGAAGAAGAUCGGGUGGGGGAAGAGGAUGAAUAUGAAGGGUGGGAUGAUGGAUCGGAGGAUUUCAAGGAGGAAGUGGUUGACGAUGAUGGGGAAGGUGACGAUGAGAGAGAAGGGUUCGUGGCAAGUAGUCCGGCGGAGUUGGAGGCGCUGGCGAAAGAAUAUGUCAAGAUUGAGCAGAUGGCGGAUAGAUUGGGUGGGCACGAGGUGCCGUUUGUGAGGAAGAUGGAGGAAAGGAUGAUUAGGUGCCGGAAUACGAUCCUGUUGGAUUUGAGUACCGCGUUGAAGGAGGCGAGGAGGGCUGGGGAGAGGGGCAAGAAGAGGGUGGUUAGGUAUUUGGGUGUUUAUAGACUGUUGGACGCGGAGCAGGAGGCUGUUAGGGUGUUGAAGGAGAAAUAAGUCCGAUGUUAGAAGCAGAUAAUGGAUGGUUCAUGUAAUAGAAGGCCGCUGCUAAGGAGUUAAAAGUACAGUUCUGAAGGACAAUUAAUACACAUAAUACAC